AUGAUCACAAACCCCGCCAAGCUACAUUCUACGUACUGUGAGGCCAGCGCAGACGAUAACAAAGCAGCAUCUAACACUGAUGAUCAGUAUGUGCCUUACAUUCUGCCAACAGAAUUUGCCCUUGAAGAUUCACUAAAAGCUCACAGGAGCAUCAGCACAACAGCAAGAAACUUGUCGAAUGGGAACGCUUCGCCGGCAGGUACCCGGCUCUCCGUGGAACGCAUGCAAGCGCCAGAAAGUGUCCGCAGGGACGCCAGGCCUCUCAGCACUUUAAGUGAAACCGAACAUUGUCACCCCAAGAAUCAGGCCACAAGAAAAGCCAUUGAGGAAGCUAAAGAAAAAUUAAUCAUGCCCCCUGUUUUGAAUGAACGAGAGCCAAUUGACGAUGUCUUAGCGGAAGACAAAUUCCUUGAAGGAAUGGAAACGACAAAAUAUGUGUUUACGGAUUUAACUUACUCCGUUCCACAUCGUGAGCGUUUCAUCGUAGUUAGAGAACCAAAUGGUGUCUUACGCAAAGCAACCUGGGAAGAGCGAGACCGGAUGAUACAGAUAUUCUUCCCAAAAGAAGGACGCAGAGUUAUUCCCCCAGUGGUGUUCAAGGAUGAACACCUUGUGACUGUAUUUCAGCAAGACCGUCAUGAGGAUAUCCUUAACAUGUGCGUCGCUCAGUUUGAGCCGGAUUCACCUGACUACAUCAGAGUUCAUCAUCGGACAUACGACGACAUUGAGAAACAUGCCAAAUACGAUCUGCUCCGUUCAACAAGACACUUUGGAGGAAUGGUGUGGUAUCUGGUAAACCGGAAGAGAACAGAUGGCUUGCUAAUAGAUAUGAUUCACAGAGACUUGCUGGAUGAUGCUACGAGUUUAAUCACACUGUAUCAUAUGCUUCACCCUGAAUGUCAAUCAGCAAAAGAAGCUAAAGCAGGGAACCUUCAGGGAGCUGAUCUGAUCAAGGUAUUUGCGAAAACUGAAUCACAGAAAGAAGGCUAUAUACAACUGGCCCUCCAGGCUUACGAAGAAGCAAUGGCUACUUCUACAGCUUCAUGAAAUAAACCUUAGUUUUUUUCAAGUCUGUUUAUGAACCUUCUCUGUACAGGAUUCCACAAUAAAUACUU